ACCGGAAGCUCUUGUAAAGAACGAGUUCAAGAGGCCGGAAGUUGCGCACUCAUUACUCGCCCUUUCAAAAUGCCGCUGAAGCCUUAGGACUUGCGACUGCUACCCCUCCCCCACGGGCUCCGCGGGGGAGCGCCUCGUGGAGCGGUUGUAAGUUUUAUCACCAGACUGAAGUGUCUUCACUGCCAAAAUGACAUCAUAUUCCUCCUCUGCCCAGUGUUCGACAUCUGAGAGUGCUUGCAGGAUCUCUUCAGAGCGAAUCAAUCAGGUACGACCAAAACUUCCGCUUUUGAAGAUAUUGCAGGCAGCAGGUGCACAAGGUGAAAUGUUCACCGUUAAAGAGGUAAUGCACUAUCUUGGCCAGUAUAUAAUGGUGAAGCAGCUUUAUGAUCCUCGGGAGCAGCAUAUGGUGUAUUGUGGUGGAGAUCUUUUGGGAGAACUAUUAGGACGUCAGAGCUUCUCCGUGAAAGAGCCAAGCCCUCUCUAUGAUAUGCUAAGAAAGAAUCUUGUUACUUUAGCCACUGCUGCUACAGAUGCUGCUCAGACUCUCGCUCUCGCACAAGAUCACAGUAUGGAUAUUCCAAGUCAAGAUCAACCGAAGCAAAAUGCACAAGGAAGUUCUAGCCCUAGGAAAAGAGUUGAAGAAAGUGAUGUUCAUAUACUGCCUACCUCACAACAUAAACCCAGAAAUUCUAGAGAAGAUGAAGACUUGAUAGAAAAUUUAACCCAAGACGAAACUUCUAGGCUGGACCUUGGGUUUGAGGAGUGGGAUGUAGCUGGCCUGCCUUGGUGGUUUCUAGGAAACUUGAGAAGUAACUGUACACCCAGAAGUAAUGGUUCAACUGAUUUACAGACCCAUCAGGAUAUAGGUACUGCCAUUGUUUCAGAUACUACAGAUGAUGUGUGGUUUUUAAAUGAGUCAGUAUCAGAGCAGUUAGGUGUUGGAAUAAAAGUUGAAGCUGCUGAUACUGAACAAGCAAGUGAAGAAGUAGGGAAAGUGAGUGACAAGAAGAUGAUUGAAAUGGGAAAAAAUGAUGACCUUGAGGACUCCAAGUCCUUAAGUGAUGAUACUGAUGUAGAAGUUACCUCUGAGGAUGAAUGGCAGUGUACAGAGUGCAAGAAAUUUAAUUCUCCAAGCAAGAGGUACUGUUUUCGUUGCUGGGCCUUGAGGAAGGAUUGGUAUUCUGAUUGUUCUAAGUUAACUCAUUCUCUGUCCACAUCUGAUAUCACUGCCAUACCUGAAAAGACGGAAAAUGAAGGAAUUGAUGUCCCUGAUUGCCGAAGAACCAUUUCAGCUCCGGUUGUUAGACCUAAAGAUGUACCUGUCAAGGAAGACAAUUCCAAACUGUUUAAUCCUUGCAGCUCAGUGGAAUUUUUGGAUUUGGCCCACAGUUCUGAAAGCCAAGAGACCAUCUCAAGCAUGGGAGAACAAUCAGAUAACAUUUUUGAGCAGAAAGCAGAUACAGAAAAUAUGGAGAACUGCCAGAAUAUCUUGAAGCCAUGUAGCUUAUGUAAGAGAAGACCACGAGAUGGAAACAUUAUUCAUGGAAGGACAAGCCAUCUUACCACUUGUUUUCACUGUGCUAGACGUCUUAAAAAGGCCGGGGCCUCGUGUCCUAUUUGCCAGAAAGAGAUUCAGUUAGUUAUUAAGGUUUUUAUAGCAUAGCUGGAUCCGGAAAUACUAGAGGACCAGGUCAUAUCUCAAAACAUCAGUGUUGAGCCUGUCUGCUAAGCAUGAUCCAUUCUCUUGUUUAUUUAUUCAUUUAAACAUUUGUGUUCACUUUUGCUUAUAAACUUAGGGAAUUUGAGACUCUAUAGUUUAGAAUUAUAUCAUCAGUUUGGAGGCAUCACGAAUACAAGGUCAAAAUACAAAUAUAUAAGCUACUUCAUUCUCCCUUCAGAAAUGAAAGUCUGAGAGGGAACAACUGUCAGAGUGAACUUAAAACUAUAUUUAUUCAUUCAAUGAGCAAAUUAUCUGGGAAGCAAUUGUUUCUUUAAUUUUAUGUCUUUCUUUUUUCUUUUUCUUUUUUUAGUAUCAGGAAUUGAACACAGGGCCUCAUGCUUGCUAGGCAGGCGCUAUACCACUGAGCUCCAUCCCCGGCCCAAAUUUUGUUUCUUACCUUCCUGUUAUAUGUAAUGUUCUGGCUUCAAAGUCCAAGGUAGUUAUUAAACAGAACUAGGGCUAACAUUGAAAAAGCAGGUUAUCUGACCCAUCAAAUUGAGAAGUGCUGUGAAUCACUUGUGUUAUAGUAAGGCUGCUUAGUUCUGCUAAGCCAAAGUCAGUAUGUUUCGUUUUUUGGUAUUGGCUUUUUGAGUGCUGAGAAGAACCCAUUUCAGAAUUAACCAAAUCACACUAAACUUUUAAUCAGAAAAUGUCUCAGUGCAUAUGUGAGUGUGCAGUUCUUGGCACAGCCUUCUCAGUUGUUACUUCUGAAGAGCACAGUUUUAUCUAAAUACUCCUCUGGCUUCUUUAUGCUGAGUGUCUCUGUACAUCUCCAGGUGCGUUUCGGUCACACUUGGAGGCAGUGGCCUGUUGUAAGGUUCGAAUGAGUAAUAGGGAUGAUAGCAUUUAUGGCAAAGGAAGUAAUUAGGAGAAAUUAAUUUGUAAUUCUUCUCAAUCAUCUUAGGCCACAUCAAUUUUAGGAAAAUAUAGAAAAUGAAAAUCUUUAAGUUGAUUUAUUUAAUGACAUUUAUGUCUGCUUAACCCAUGGAAAAAUCUGGUGUAUCUUAGGGAUAUGAAUUAUAUCAUUGAAGACAAAAGUCCUAGAAAGUUGGCCUUAAGUUGUAAGAAUCUCCUGGGUUCUUGUUAAAAGUACUCAAAGCUCCAGAGACUUGAUUAUCCCUACCCUAUAAGGGAGGGCUUUUCUUUCACAUUCUUGUAGAUCUGAGACAGAAAAUAGAACAGGAUGCCUGGUCAUAUCUACUUUAUAAAAGAUAAAUUUUCUUAAAAUAUCCUGAUUUUUUUGAGGGAGUGAGGUUUGAUUAUUUUGAGACUGUGUAGUGCAGGCUGGUUUGAACUCAUUUAUAUAAACCUGGGUUAGCCUCAACUUCAACAGCAAUCCUCCUGCCUCAGCCUCCCAAGUGCUGGAAUUAUAGGUGUGGUUUUGGCAAAUUUUCUGAAUUUUAGAACUGUAGAGCACUCAAUUAUUUAGUUCCUCUUUGCAUGUGAAGCCACAAUGACAUAGCUAGUGGUAGAGGUAUUACUAAAAUCCAGAUGUCUUAACUAGUAAAUUUUUUUCUUGCAAUGGUACUGGGGAUUGAACUCAGUGUCUUUCCCAUGAGCUACAUCCCCAAUCCUUUUUAAAUUUUUUGAGACUAGAUCUCACUGGGUUGGCCAGGCUGAGUUCAGUCUUUCAAUCUUCCUGCUUCAUUGUCCCAAAGUGCUGAGAUAACAGUUGUGUACCACUUUGUUUAUUAAAUAUUUUACAUGGUGGAACAAGAAAGAAGCUUAAAAUACAGAUUUUCUAAUAAUUGGUGCUAGAGACUGUUUUGUAGCCAAAAUGAGACUCUAGAGAGAACAGUGUUUUUUAACACUUGUUAAAAGAGAAACUGUAAAUGUCAGGUUUAGCUAAUCAGAACAUUACGUGUCACACUGUGAGAGCAAGUAAGGGUAACAGAGUGACCUGGGCAUUCUGUCCUGGUUAGUGAAGCUCAAGCCUGGCUCUUUAGGCAUUUAAGGGUGAGUAUUUUUCUUCUUGUAAGCAAAACUAUUACUUUGAGUUAAACUGUUUGUGAGAAGACAGUGAAUAGUUUAAAGCUUUAGAAAGUCAAAUUAGUUUUCUCCCUAUCUUCUCCCCACAGCACUCUUACAAUGGAUAGCUGUCAGUUCUGUUUGAUUUUUACUAGUCAGGCACCUUUGUGAUAAAGUGGAGAACAGAGAAUUAGGGGACUGCAGUUGUGGCUCUAAUCCCCUUAUGCAAACUCUCAACUUUUUAAAGAAAUACACAUUUCUUUAAACCUAACCCUAAAGAAAUACACAUUUACCUCUGUAGGUAUGUCAUGGUAAUAUUGGUCCAUCCCUACCUAGCACUGAAGCCCUGUAGGCCACUCAUCUUUCCUCCUCUUCUUGUUUGCUCACCUUAGUUUUCACUAUCCCUCUUACUACCAAGUUCUUGUCUUAGAAGAUGCAGGUGUAAGUUCUGUUGUAUGCUGCUGGGAAUACAUGUUUGAGUCAAACCUUGUGUUUACCUGUAGGAAACUUCAGACCAUCUUCUUAGUCUAUUUUUGCCUACCUGGCAAACAGAGGCAGGGGCAGUUUUGAGACAGCACCUUGCUAAGAUGAUGAACUGUCCUGGCUGGAUUUGUUUUUGUCCUCCUGCCUAGCCUCUCUGGCGUUGUAGUCAUAUGUUACCACAGCCAGAUGGUUUUGUUCUUUUUUCAUUUUUAAAAAAAUUUUUUCUUGUCUUUUCUUUCUUUUCUUUUUACCUUUUGAUUUUUGAAAAAGUGUCUCAUUAUGCAGUUCAUGCUAACCUUGACUCACUAUGUAGACCAGGCUGGUCUUGAACUUGCAGUGAUCUUCUUCCUCAGCAUCCCGAAUGCUGGCUUUACAGGGUGUGCCACCACACCUGGUUUUGCUUUUUUAUUGCCACCGGGUUACACAUAUUUUUAGUCUCUGCUACUAAAGCCAGUUACAGUUUGUAUGUGAAAUCUUUAAGAAGUUUACUUCAGUAGCAUAUACUCACAUUAUCUUUUAUUUGUAAUUGUGGGAACAUAAUGCUCUGGUUUUCCACAGUUAGUGCCAGUUUUUCUAUGUUUAUCAGCAUUCUACUCAGUUUGUCACCAUCUGACUCCUUUUAUUUUCAGAUGUCUUCAUUUUGUGUGGCAUCCCUUGUUAGUGGCAGGCCACACUUUAGCUGAAAUCCUAAUUGUGAGGACAGAGCUUUUAAAAUAGAUGUCGUUAAGAGCUCAGCACUUUCUGCUGUGUCAUGCCAUAGGCUGAAUAAUGAAAUCACACUACACUAGCAUUACAAUUCUUAUUUCAGAUCCCAUUUAGUUAGAGUUUAUGAUUGUGUUAUCUUGCACAAAAGGUCUCGGCCAGAGAUGAUAAAUCAUUAGAAAGUGUUUCUUAGAUUACAGCAGGAAGACUUUCCUCACAGUAACUCAUUGUCCUUACAGUAUGCCUAUCAAUGCUUCUAUGCUCUUGCAUUUAGGACUUGAAUUAGACUCAAAACCUGUUGCUGAAGCCUUUAACCUGGUAUCAUUUUCCCAGAGUCUGUCUAGGGUCAGCUCAGGUUUGUAGUCGCAGGCUAGAGCAGUGUGUGGGCUGCUGCCCAGGCCAGCCUCCAGACUGCCACGAGCUUGUGUCAUAUAAACUGAAUCACUGCCAAGUGCCUGAAAUAAUGGUAUUGUGUUUUAUUUUAAUUUAUUAUACUUAGAUGUCUGUAAUACUUUGUAGAAUAUUAUUUGGUUUGAAUUUUUUUAAAGGCUGAGAAAUCUGUAAUUUUUCAAUGUGUGCUUAUUUGUGCAACGUUGGCUUCUUUGAAAAGUCAUUCGUGAGAAAUUGGUGAAUGUUCUUGCGUUCUACAGAGCUAUUGUAAUGUUACCUCUGUUCAUUUGAGAAAGGAAACUCGCUAAGCAGUUAUUUGGUAUUUUUAUUUUUUUCUGCAGAGUUAUGUGAACUUCUAAAAGUAUAUAGCAUUAGACACUGUGAAUCUUUUGUUUCCAUGUAGUCCAUUAUGUGCUUAAAUUGUUGAGGCUGAUAUUCUAGGGAAGAGUUCAUUUUACUGGCCCCUCAUUUGUGAGUAUGCAUCUGUGUGCACCCACAGGAUCAAGACAAAGCCACCUUUACUAAAAAUGGCUGUAGACUAGGGCUACCUGUGUGUAGAAUCUGCAUUUCAAAGAUACAGGAACCUGCAUGCUCUCUGCUGUGCCAAAUUAAAAUCUACAGUGUUUACAAAUGUCAGGAAAUUUGCACUGCCAUAUGGAAUGGUGAGGUUACUUUGCUGGAGUUUCUCAGAUUUAUGAGUAGACAGAGCUGCAGUUUUAACAAAGGAGGAGAAAUGUUGGGGGCUCUAAGGUUCCACUGGAAAUGAGUAUCUGAGUUAGUGAGUAAAAUGGCUCUCUAGUUUGAAGACAGGUUUUUUUCAGAUUGUUUUAAGAUGCUCUUUCUGUUGGCCCAGUUCACCUUGUUACCUAAAAUGGCUGUGCUUAUGUUCUUCCUUUUCAGGAGUCAGUGUAUAUCUGAUCCUGUAGGAGAAGAUUACAUAAACAUUUUGAGUUGAUUGAUAUAAUGAAUGUGCAAUUAAAGGAGGCCAUUAUUGAUGAAUAUGGUAUUGUUACAGAAACUGUUGUAGUAAACCUAUAGUUGUGUUUAUUGAGUCUUCAUCGGCAGGCUUUUGAGUGACUGAAAAUGAUACAGAAAAACCAGCAAGUCUGUAGGAGAUGGCUAGUGUUUCUUGGCAGUCUGUCGAAAUCCACCUGCAAGCUGUUACUUCUGUAUGUAGGGUCUUCAUUUAAUGACAUGUGGGAGUGCAGCUUAGCUGGUAGGAGCCCUUUCCUACCCCAUUUCUUAAGUGGAGAUUGAGGUUAGAGAUACUGUAAAAGUGACAGGUAGCACACUCAGAGCAAUUUCUUAAAGUUGCUGUAACUUGGCAAAUGGUUCAUUGGAAAUUGAUGUUGCCAUUACACCACAUGAGCAUUUAUCAGAGCAUUUAAUUUCUUAUCCAAAGGUGUUAAUGUAUUUAAAAAGCAAUAAGUACUUUGAUGUCCGUAUCCUUCCUCCUUUACUUUUCCUCUUAGGUCCUCUGAGUUCAGAGUUACCUGUUUCUGGAUUUUUUUGUCAUUUGGGUUUUGGUGUUUUUGAGAUAGCCUAUGCCUGUGCUGUCUAGACUGCCCUCGAACUCAGUAUGAGUCCAUGUUGGCCCCUAACUUGUAAUCCUUCUGCCUCAGCCUCCCAAAUGCUGGGAUUACAGGUGUGUGCAAUCUUGUGUGCUCCAGCUGUGGACUUGUGUCAGUUUUUCUUAUUUGAAAAUUAGUUUCCACAUCUGCCUUUCCUACCUCAUAGCUUAUGAUGGAGAUGAGCAACUAUAAAAUCUGUAAUUGCCUUGAAGAAGAUACAAGAACCUGUUAUACUGUUGGUAAAGCGAGCUCUGUGGUUAAUGUUCAGAGUCCCUUGUGUCCUGGAAACUGAACACAAGUGCUUCUUUAUGCCUGCCUAGCAGGGCCAGUGUUGCUUACUAUGACUCUCUUAUCCGUGCUUCUAGCUCUGUCCCUUUAUAUAAGGCUUCCAUUUUUUUCUUUUUUCCUGGGGAUUGAGCCCAUGGUCCUCCCCACUAAACUACCCCUACCCUUUUAAAACAUUUUUAUUUAUUUUUGAGACAGGAUCUCACUAAGUUUCUUUAUUGCUCAGGCUACGCAUGAACCUGGGAUCCUCCUGCUUCAGCCUCACAGAGUGCAGGGGUUACAGGUGUGCAUCACCAUGGCCAGCUUCAUAUAUAAAGCCUUUGCUUGGAAAACAGUUGUGCCUCCAGGUGUUGUGAGAGAAGUGUGUAAGUUUGGAUGACAGCUUUUCUCCUGAGAGAACUGCCUUGCUGUGGUCUUAAGUUGGAACAAUUCUUCCUAUGUACACUUGAGUAGGUGGUAUAAAGUGCACUGCCCAAGUACACAGAGAACAGCCAGUUUUCCACGUAUUUCUAAUGAGAGUCAUAGUCAACAGGAGCAGCAGAUGGGGUUUCCUAAAAUGGGAAAGAAAAGGCAAUAUAAAAUAACUUGAAUUAGUGGCCCACUUAACUAAAUGAAGACAAUUUCUUGUGUUCUUGCAUAGUUUUUAUGAAUGCCACUAAAGACAGUAGCUGUAUACAUUUUGGUGUUUGCACUAUGUAAUGCUUUUAAUGCCUUUGAUUUUAUUUGUAAUUAAAUAUUUUUAUUUUCA